CACGAACUCUUGGAUUUAUAAUCUGAGCACGCAAACCACUAAGUUAUGUAGAAUCACCACAGAUUAGGAAGACGUUUACAUACAACAACCAUAACCAUUCUCGUGGGGCUUGCUGUUUUCAUGGUGAUAAGAGACGUUUCAGCAGUUAAAGAAGUUGUAGAUGGGGUAGGCUUACAUCAUGAAGUAGAAAAAAGACAAGCCUCGGGGCUGCUUCAUCAAAGGUUAUCACAAAAAUCGAGACCAAUCUCGAUGACUCGAGGAGUUGGAGUUCGUAUGCCUCUGAUAACAAUGGAAGAAAUGAAUCGUUUUAUUCAACAAGCGAGCGAAACUGUAAAAUAUCGAGUUGAAAACAUGGAGGCAAGGAUUUUCCAAAACGGUGCCAUAUUGAAGCCAGGGACUCCCGCAUGGUUCGCUGCAGCUACUGCAAAAACUAAAGUCGUCGCAAAAAAUCUCUCCCAUCAUGCUUUGGUUGCUGAGGAAACUACAAGGAUCGUUGCUCAAAAGUAUCGAUUGAACAGGGAACAGAUUGUUUUUAAUUUACCAAUGGCUGACAUCCGAGACACCGAACUAGGUCGAGCCUGCCCCUUAAAAGUGGACUUUCCCUGCCGACCGAGUAAAUAUCGUGCCUUGGACGGCUAUUGUAACAAUGUGAAGAACCCCUCGUGGGGAAAUGCUGAUAUUCAUUACAGACGUUUCCUCCCCCCUGCAUAUCCUGAUGGCAUCAGCAGCCCUCGUCAGUCGGUCACUAAGGACUUUCUUCCGAGCCCACGUGAGGUCAGUUUGGUUGUUCAUAAGGAUGUUGACCGCCCUCAUAGUCACCUAACAACAGCGAUGGCAAUCUUUGGAGAACUGGUUUUCCACGAUAUCGCCCACACCGCACAAGCUGCUGGCUUCCAGGGUCACAGAAUCAAGUGUUGUGGAGUCAAGAGAAACAACUUCCAUCCUGAAUGUCUUCCAGUUUCCAUUCCUCAAGACGAUCCUGCGUUCGGUCCGAGUGGACAGCAGUGUAUGGAAUACACGCGCUCUUGUACUUCGCCACGACCUGGUUGUACUCUCGGACCCAGAGAGCAGACAAAUCAAGUCACGUCUUUCCUGGACGGUUCGUCAAUCUACGGAUCUUCGGUGGAAGAAUCCAGCCUCCUUCGAAUGCCUUUUGGUGGACUUCUCAAAACCCAGAAGAGCAGGUCUGGGAAAGAACUUCUCCCUCCCGAGUACCAGGUUGAAGAUUGUCGAACCGGUGCUGGUGUCCGAUGUUUUCUGGCAGGGGAUGUACGAGUGAACGAAAACGCAGGAUUGAUGGUGAUGCACACGAUAUGGAUGAGGGAGCACAAUAGAAUCGCACGUGCUCUUUCUGAUCUCAACCCUCAUUGGGGAAGCGACGAGAUUUUUGAGGAAGCAAGAAAAGUUGUCGGAGCCGAGCUUCAGCACGUGACAUACAACGAAUUCCUACCAAGGUUAAUCGGUCCAGAGAUAAUGAACGUCUACGGCCUCAAGCCCCAGACCAGUGGCUUCUCGAGUCACUACGAUAUCAAUACAGAUCCCGGAGUGUCUAAUGGAGUGGCCACGGGUGUACUGGGGUUUCUUUACUCCAUGAUGCCUCCCGUGUUUGACCUGUACAGCAGGGAAGCUCGCAAGGUGGGCUCAAUGCCCAUGAGUCAAACGUUCUUCAAUCCAGAGGGCGUAUACGACUCCAGUGGGAUGACCGAGAUCCUGAUGGGCCUGGUCACUCAGACGUCACAGACUGUUGAUGAAUUCAUAACAGGAGAAAUGACAAAUAGCUUAUUUUUCGAUCCUAACUCAGGGGAAGGCAUGGACAUGGCAGCUAUCAUUAUCCAACAAGGUCGUGAUCACGGAAUUCCAGGGUUCAUCCAGUGGAGAAAGUUUUGUCACCUGCUGCCACCUAUUCACAAUUUUAACGAUUUAAAUGCGAUACUGUUGCCCGAGACUGUCGAGAGACUGGCUCGUCUGUACAAAAAUGUUGAAGAUAUCGAUCUCUUUACUGGUGGCUUGGCAGAAAGUCCACUAGAGGGCGCCGUUGUCGGACCUACUUUCGCGUGCUUAUUGGGCAAACAAUUUCAACAGUUGAAGAAAGGUGACAGAUUUUGGUAUGAAAACGACAUCCCCCCUUCAUCAUUCAACAAAGAACAACUGAAGGAAAUUCGAAAAACUUCACUGGCCAGAAUUCUCUGUGACAACGCUGAUAUUAAUGUUUUCAUGCAGCCGUCCACCAUGUUGGUUAAGGAUUCCUUCUUGAAUUCUCAACAGACUUGUUCUUCUCAUACUAUAUCUCGAAUGGAUCUCGCCAAAUGGAAAACAGAGUUGUCAAACUUUUCUGUACCAGAAGAAAUUUUGAAAGAAUCUCUUAACCGCGCCUUUCUUCAAGCAGCAGAACUACAAGAAACAGAAAUGAGAACCGUGCUGACUAACGGCGUUGCUAGGGAAGGGAGUCCAGAAGCUGUCCACCUAGGAUUUCUUCGUCCAAAAAGACAAGCUCGCAUGAUUUCUAAUCAUUCUCUUGUGCUAGAACUCGCUUCUCAGGGGUUCGUCUCUACCAUGAUGAACAGAGGCCCUAAUCCCAGCGAGAUGCAAGACCUCAUGACUGCCCUGCCAAAAAUCGACCUGAAAAAGUUCAUUGAUAUUCCAGAAGAGGUCGGGUGUAACGAGGGUAAAGUUGUCCAGUGUGACCUCACCUCAAAGUUCAGGACAUUCUCCGGCCGUUGUAAUAAUGUCAAAAAUCAAGAUUUGGGAAUAAGUAUGACCACCUUUCACCGGAUUCUUCCACCUAUGUAUCAAGACGGUAUGAGCACAGCGAGGAGCCAUGGUGUUCAUGGGAGGCCUCUUCCUUCCCCAAGAGUAAUCUCGACAACAGUGCAUUAUGACGUAAGCGCUCCCCACAUUCGAAAUUCUUUGAUUCUAAUGCAGUUUGCACAGUUUUUGGACCAUGACUUGACUUUCACCCCAAUGAACCAAGGUCCCCUUGGAUCAGUUUUGAGCUGUAAAGACUGCGAUUCUGGACGUACUGUUCAUCCAGAAUGUCUGCCUAUUCCUUUACCCAAGAAUGACCCAUUUUACCCAGCCGUUGAUCUAACCACAGGACGACCAAUGUGCAUUUCGUUCGUUCGUUCAAUGCCUGGCCAACUAAAUUUAGGGCGGCGAGAACAAAUAAAUCAGGUGACGUCGUUCCUUGACGCGUCUCAAGUUUACGGAUCUGAUAAUUGUGACGCUCAGAAACUGAGGACCUUUAGUGGAGGAAGAUUGAAAACGACUCCUCAUCCUUCAGGAGAAAAUGACUUGCUACCACAAACUUCAGCUCAUAGUGAAUGUAGAGCGUCCUCUGGUGUUUGUUUCGAAGCUGGUGACUCUCGUGCCAGUGAACAGCCAGGACUAGCCACAUUGCACACAAUCUUCUUACGAGAGCACAACAGGAUUGUGAGAAAUCUUCAGAAGGUGAACCGUCAGUGGAGGGACGAGGAACUCUACCAGAAUGGACGCCGGAUUCUUUCAGCUGUCAUGCAGCACGUGACUUACAAUGAGUUUCUACCACGUGUCUUGGGCUGGGAGACGGCUACAAAGUUUAGAUUGAAGCUGGAACCUGAGGGAUAUUACAAGAGCUACGACCCGAACUGCAAACCUCGAAUUUUUAACGAGUUCGCCACUGCAGCUUUUCGCUUUGGCCAUAGCCUUAUCAAACCAAUGUUUCAGCGAAUGGAGAAAGAUUACAGGAAACUACAAAAUCCCUUCCAACUCAGAAGUGGAUUCUUUAAUCCUGAUGCGCUGCUUCAGAGUAACGUGGUGGACCAGAUAUUGAGAGGCCUAGUGGCCACUAGCAUGGAGACUUUGGACAACACCAUCACCGAAGAAGUGACCAAUCAUUUGUUCGAGGACAGUCGGGUCCCGUUUUCGGGAAUGGACCUGGCAGCUCUCAACUUGCAACGUGGGCGGGAUCACGGGCUACAGCCGUAUAACAACUAUCGAAAGAUCUGUAACUUAACGAGGGCGCGAAGGUUCGAAGACUUAGCCAAUGAAAUCCCUGUUAACAUUUUGACCAAGCUUCGCCAAGUGUAUGAUUCUGUAGAUGACAUCGAUUUGUUUACCUGGAUUUUUUAUCACAUCUACCAGACUGUCGGACCUUUUAGAACCAGCUACCAGACUGUCGGACCUUUAGAACCAGCUACCAGACUGUCGGACCUUUUGAAACAGCUACCAGACUGUCGGACCUUUAGAACCAGCUACCAGACUGUCGGACUUUUGAACCAGCUACCAGACUGUCGGACCUUUAGAACCAGCUACCAGACUGUCGGACUUUUUGAACCACACAUCAUUUAG